AAUUUGUAUUAUACAGAUCAAAUGGCGUCGAGCGAUGAGCUUCCGGGACCGUAUCCGGCACGUGAUGGAGGAGACAUACCUCCGGGAGAUCCGACUACGAUGAAGACGAUGAUGAUUGACAAAGGAGCUGCGAUGCUUCAAUCUUUGAAACCAAUCAAACAGAUGAGUCUUCAUAUGUGUUCCUUUGCUUGUUACGGUCACGAUCCUAGCCGUCAAAUCGAAGUCCAUUUCUAUGUUCAUCGUGUCAACGAAGACUUUCUUCAGUGUGCUGUUUACGACUGCGACUCCGCUAAGACCCACCUCAUCGGGAUCGAGUAUAUUGUGUCCGAGAGGUUAUUUGAGAGCCUUUCCUCGGAAGAGCAGAAGCUUUGGCAUUCUCAUGACUAUGAGAUCCAAACAGGUCUUCUAAUGACUCCAAGGGUCCCUGAGCUUGUAGCCAAGCCAGAACUUCAAAAUAUUGCCAAAACUUAUGGAAAGUUUUGGUGCACUUGGCAGACCGAUCGUGGGGAUAAAUUGCCACUAGGUGCGCCAGCACUAAUGAUGUCACCACAAGACGUGAACAUGGGGAAGAUCAAGCCAGGGCUACUGAAGAAACGAGACGACGAAUAUGGUAUCUCGACGGAAUCAUUGAAGACAUCUCGAACUGAGAUUGUAGGAUUGGAGAGGAAGAACCCGAUGGCUGAUUACUGGGUUCAUCAUGGAAAAGGGUUUGCUGUCGAUAUAAUCGAGACGGAUAUGAAGAAGUGUGCUCCGUUCCCGUAAUAUAAGUUGGUGUUUAACGAACAAUAAUAUAUAAUGUUCGUAUGUACUAUGUGGACCGUUUAAGUAUAUAAUGUAAGUUAUAAAUAAUGAUGUGUAAUGCUAGGGCAUUACUACAUCAUUGUGGAGGUUGUUUGUUUGUUUUCUUCGUGUCA